AUGCGGCUGGCGACGCGCGCUCUGGCGGCGCAUGGGCGACGACGCGCCGCGCUGACGGUCGGACGCUCGCAGGCGCACACGCUGCGGUCCUUCGCGCUGUUCUCCACGAGCGCAGAGCCGCCCAGCGACAAGGAGGAGGUGGCGCUGCCCUCGCACAUCAAGUUCCGCAUGCCCGACCUGGACUUCAAGGAGGUGGGCAGCGGCGCCGGAGACACGACGCUCACCAAGUGGUACGUGCAGGAGGGCGCCGCCGUGAAGGACGGCACGCACAUGUGCGAGAUUGACACGCCGGAUCUGUGCUUCCAACUCGAGUCUGGAGACGAGGGAUUCAUCGCGCGACUGUUGGUGGACGAAGGGUCCAACAACGUUGCCCCCGGCCAGCCUCUGGCCAUUAUUGUGCCCACCGAGGCGGAGAUUGAGCCCUUCCUGCAGGCGCUGAAGGAAAACCCGCGCUGCAUUGAGGGUACUGCCGAGCUGGUGGUCGAGGCUGAAGUUACUGCCACUUCGUCUACGUCCCCGCCCACCGCGAGCGCCGCGUCGAGUGACGUCCUGCGCAUGUUGAACAAGCUGCAGAAGGAGGGACUAUUCGAAGACGAGAAGGCGCUCAAGGUGCUGAAAUCGCUGGCUCGCAAGAAUGACGAGCAGCUUCUCACGACGUACAAGGCCAGCUACGAAGAUGGCGUGUUGGAGGAAUCGGCUUUCGACAAGGCCUUUUUUGUGGAGAAUGCACUUGAGCUCGCGGAAGAGGCAGCAGGUACGUCUACUGAGCACAACGCCAGCUAG